AUGCUAUUGACAUUGAAAAUAGCAUUCGGAGAAAUAACGGAAGAAACUGAGAGAAUUGUGGAGGAUGCUGUGUUGAGAGCUUUGGAUUCAUUGACUGCAAAUGUGGAUUCAAGACAAGAACACUCAUCAGAACAAAUUAUUGUUUCACAACAAGCAAACAGUGAAUCCAAAAUUGCCCAGUUCACUGGAGAGGUUUUGGAAGAGGCAACAAGGAUUCUGGUGGAAGAAUUCGGAAUGGAUAUUCUGCCAAUGGCCAAUGAGGUAAUCAAUAAAUGGAAAAAUGAAGAAGAGGAAGCUAUAUCAGAGACAACCACUCAGCCAUCUGAUUCGAUUCGUUCCAAACGAAACGCAGUUAUUCGUCCCAAACGUCAAGCCAACAACCGUCGUCGAAGAUGUUUUUCUCCACCAACUGACUGCAAUAACAGAUUCCAUACAACAACUCGUGCUAUCACUGGACUCUGUAACAACCGACAGAAUCCUGAACUCGGAAACUCUGUUUCCCAGCUACGAAGACUAAUGGGCGGAGCUUCUUAUGCUGACGGUCUUGGUAGAAUCCGUACAAGAAGUGCAAAUGGAGAAGAGUUGCCAUCUGCCAGAUUGAUUUCAAAUACAAUUCAUGAUGAUAGAGCUAAUCAAGUAUUCUCUCCAAGUAUCAACCAUCUCCACAUGAUUAUCGGACAGUUUAUUGCUCAUGACGUCAUAUUCAUGCCGUCUUCAGUAGCUCGAGAUGGAGGUGCACUCGACUGCUCCGCUUGUAAUGCUGCCAGGAGAGUAUCUGCAAACUGUGCUCCAAUUCCAGUUCCCCGAAAUGAUCCAUACUUUCGAACCCCAUGUAUGAGAUUGACUCGAGCCCUCAAUGGUCAAGAAAACUUUGGAGUUCGUACUCAAAUUGGGCAGAACAGUCACUUUUUGGAUCUUUCCACGGUCUACGGAUCUGCUGAUUGUGAAGCUGAAACUGUUAGAUCUUUCCAAGACGGGAAAAUGUUGACUUUUGAUGACUUGGGAUACACUCUUCCACCACAGAAUCUGAAUGAUUCCAACUGUCAAUCUUUUGCACCACUCCACUGUUUCACUUGUGGAGAUUUCAGAAAUAGUCUCCAUCCAGCACUUAUUCCAGUUCACACCGUAUUUAUCAAAGAGCACAACCGUCUGGCCAAUCAAGUAAAAAGCGCUCGUCCUCGUAUGUCAGAUGAACAAAUAUUCCAACUUGUUCGAAAGAUUAUGAUUGGAAUGUGGCAACAUAUUGUUUAUAACGAGUACAUUCCAAAGUAUUUGCCACAGAGAACAAUUCGAAACUUUGGAUUGAGACCGUUGAGAAAUGGAGUUCAUCGGGGAUACAGUGCUUCUCAAGAUCCCUCCAUCACGGCAGAAUAUGCUGGAGCAGCAUUCAGAUUUGGGCACAGUCAGGCGAGAUUUGACUUUCCAAGGUUGACUGAAGAGGGACGUCCAGCUGGAAAUUUCGAUUUGGGCCAUGAUAUUUUCUAUGCUGAUCAAAACUAUUUGGCAGGAAUUGGAGGAUGGGAACCAGUUAUGAAUGGAAUGGUCAGAAUGCCAGCUAUGAAAUCUGAUCGAUAUUUUUCUUUUGGGAUAAGAAAUCAAAUGUUCGAAAUUAGAGGAAGAAAUGGAUCAGGAGUCGAUUUGGUAUCGAUUAACAUCCAGAGAGGAAGAGAUAUGGGAUUAUUCCCAUAUGUGCAAUACAGACAACUAGUUGGUCUCCCACAAGUCAACAGUUUUAGUGAUCUGAAUACAACAAUGUCACGAGAGAAUAUCCAAGCUUUGAGAAAUGUUUAUUCUGACCCAGAAGAUAUUGAUUUAUAUGUAGGAAUAAUGUUGGAAGAACCCCUUGCAGGAGGUCAAUUGGGGCCAACUGCAUCAUUUAUGAUUGGGGAACAGUUCAAAGCAUUGAAAACUGGUGACAGAUUCUUUUAUGAAAGUAUUGUGGAAGGAACUGAUAACUUUACACAAGAAGAGAUCGACGAGAUUCGAAACAAGGUCUCCCUCGCUAAACUCAUCUGCACCAAUAUGGACUUUGCUGAGAGAAUCAACUCGGAUAUUUUUGAUCAUCGAAGCAGACAAGUGGAAUGCUCUUCACUCCGAGAAAUCAACAUCGAGAAGUUUCUCCGAUAG